AUGGAUGUGGUAGGUGAAAACGAGGCUCUGCAACAGUUCUUUGAAGCUCAGGGGGCCAACGGCACUCUGGAGAACCCAGCCCUGGAUACAAGUUUGCUGGAAGAGUUCUUGGGCAAUGACUUCGAUUUAGGGGCCUUGCAACGUCAGCUCCCAGAUACCCCACCCUAUUCUGCAUCCGACCCAUGCUCUCCUCCGCAGGUCAAAGGUGCAUGCUACCAGACCCUGAGGCCUGCAGCGGGGCGGACUUCACCGACUUUUCUCCACUCCGCAGCUGCACCUGGGAUGUUGCCUGUGCACCCGCAGAGCACAACUGGAAUGAGUGACUCUGGCGAAACCCAUGGCAGCUUUUACAACUGCUACCCACACAACAGUCAUCCAACCACCCCCCUGGACCAAUCCGUGUCCUCCCAUCUGAAGAUGAGUUGUUCUUACCACCAGCAGCCUCGUUGCCACAGCCCUGGAGUCUCCUCGCCACCAACCAAGAAGAGGAAGUACACUCAGGCACUGGAGGCCUCUGGGGACGGCCGAGUAUGGGCCCGCCACGCCAGACCAAUGACGAAUAGGAGUCACAGCAGCGAGGUGCAGGACCAUGACAGUGAGGGACAGAAUGGAAUGCCUGCAGACCAGUACUCUCCUACUCUGAAGUGGCAGCCAUACCAAAGUGUUCCUUGGCACAGCUUAUUCAACGGUCAUUAUGAACAACUACCUAAUGUGGGUUAUCAAGUUGUCACAGAUAAAGGAUUUAAUUUUUCACCAGCAGAUGAAGCUUUUGUUUGCCAAAAAAAGAACCAUUUUCAGAUAACCGUUCAUAUCCAAGUCUGGGGAAGUCCAAAGUUUGUUAAAACUCAAAUGGGCCUAAAGCCAAUAGAAAUGUUCUACUUGAAAGCUUUUGGAAUUAAGGUAGAAGCCACCAAUCACAUAAUUGCUAUUGAACAGUCCCAAGCAGAUAGAAGCAAAAAGAUUUUCAAUCCUGUUAAAAUCAACCUUCUGGCUGACCAGGUCACCAAAGUAACACUGGCACGAUUACACUUCAGCGAAACCACAGCAAAUAAUAUGAGAAAGAAGGGAAAACCAAAUCCUGACCAGAGAUACUUCAUGUUGGUGGUUGGACUGUAUGCUGCUAACCAAGACCAGUUCUAUCUGCUGUCUGCCCACAUCUCUGAAAGGAUCAUUGUAAGGGCCUCUAACCCUGGGCAAUUUGAAAAUGACAGUGAUGUGUUAUGGCAGCGAGGACAAGUUCCCGAAUCUGUUGUCUGUCAUGGUCGAGUGGGAAUAAACACAGAUGCACCAGAUGAAGCCCUGGUUGUCUGUGGCAACAUGAAAGUGAUGGGGACAAUCCUGCAUCCCUCUGACAGCCGGGCCAAGCAGAAUAUCCAGGAGGUUGACACAAAUAAACAGCUGAGAAGAAUAGCCCAAAUGAGGAUUGUGGAAUAUGACUACAAACCUGAAUUUGCAUCUGCGAUGGGAAUAAAUACUGCCCACCAAACAGGAAUGAUUGCUCAGGAGGUGCAAGAGGUCCUGCCCGGAGCCGUAAGAGAGGUUGGUGAUGUCAUCUGUGAAAACGGAGAGAAGUUGGAGAACUUCCUCAUGGUUGACAAGGACCAGAUCUUUAUGGAAAAUGUAGGUGCAGUGAAGCAGCUCUGCAAACUAACUAAUGACCUUGAAGAAAGAAUAGAAGAGUUAGAAAUAUGGAACAGAAAGUUGGCCAGGCUAAAGCGGCUCAGUAGUUGGAAGUCCUCAGCCAGUGAAGCAAGCUCAAUCAGCAAAUUUAGCAGAGCUGUUAGUAUAUCAUCUCCAAGAAGGACCAUAUCCAAGAAAACUAACAAGGUUUAUUUUUCAGGAAAAAGACAGUCGUGUCCUAACUGGGUUUUCCAGACCUUGGUUAUAACUCUAAUUGCUGUGAUGACAUUGUGUGCCUUGACGAUAGUCUCCCUUUACAUACUCAGUUUAAAAAAUCAAGACCGAAGUGCCCCAAAUCUCUCUCCAAGCAACAGCACAAGCUCGCAGGAGCUAGCUGGGCUGCUCACAGCCUCCUCCUCAGCACCUCAGACACCACUGGCAACCACACAGACCUCCUUUCAAGUACCUGAAAUCUCUUUCUGUGAGAUCCUGUCAUGUCAGGAGACUUAUUGCUGCCCCAUCUGGGGAAGGAGAAGAGACUUUCCAAGUCCCGGGCAAAGACACUUGGAGGAGAAGAAGGAAAUCCGUCAGAGGAAACGGGCAGAAGACCCGAGCAAAUCAUUCCCGGCAAGAGAUGUGUUCACCAGCCCUGACUGGCGGAGUGACUGGAUUGAUACAACCAUCAGUUCUAUUCAGAUUAUGGAAAUCCAGCAAAUAAUAGAUCAUCGGUAUUGCAGUACACAUCUCCACUGUGGGUCUGGAAAUUACAAUUACAAGAUUCCUGUUAAUAAGCACACACCCACCAAUGUCAAAUUGUCUUUGGAGAUCAAUACAACAGAGCCAUUGAUAGUCUUCCUGUGCAAAUUUACCUGUGGAAAUAUAUGUUUCCAGAGUAAAAUGGAAGCCAAAGCAAUCCAAAGCCACAAAGUCUCCCAGGAGAUGACACAGGGAUAUCAGCACAUUUGGAGCCUCUCCGUAGCCCCGUUCUCUGACAGUGCAUACCAUUUCCGUGUAGCUGCACCGGAUUUAGCCGACUGUACAACGGAUCCUUAUUUUGCUGGGAUAUUCUUUACAGAUUACUUCUUUUACUUCUAUCGACGCUGUGACUAA